GGGAGAGUGAUGAUUUCCCACAGUCUGACUCGAGCAUGGACAUACUAAGGACUAUAACUCACCAUCAUCACCAUUAUUACCAUCAUCAUCAGCCGGUGUUUGACAGUAAGAAGAUGUGUGAACACACGCACCACAGACGCGGGAAAUCGCACGACAGUAACGCGCACGCAACGCAAGAGAUGUCACGCAUCAUCACGGACCCUGCCACGGGCAAAUGUUACUGCAGAGGAAAAGUUUUGGGGAAGGGCGGUUUUGCCAAAUGCUAUGAAUUUACAGAUCUGAGCACAGGGAAAGUGUACGCAGCCAAGAUCAUUCCUCAUACGCGCGUCUCCAAACCUCACCAAAGGGAAAAGAUUGACCGAGAAAUCGAAUUGCACAGAGCUCUGCACCACAAGCACAUCGUUCACUUCUACCAGCAUUUCGAGGACAAAGACAACAUCUACAUCUUACUCGAACACUGCAGUAGACGGUCACUAGCACACAUUUUAAAGGCUCGAAAGGUGCUGACAGAACCUGAGGUCCGAUACUACCUAAGGCAGAUAGUGUCUGGGUUGAAGUAUCUACACGAACAAGAAAUUCUCCAUAGAGACCUUAAACUCGGUAACUUUUUCAUCAACGAGUCUAUGGAUCUCAAGGUUGGCGACUUCGGUCUGGCUGCAAAACUCGAACCUGUCGAGAACCGUAGGAGAACGAUAUGUGGAACGCCUAACUACUUGUCACCCGAGGUUCUUAACAAGCAAGGACACGGCUGCGAAUCUGACGUCUGGGCCCUGGGAUGUGUCAUGUACACCAUGCUUCUGGGCAGACCCCCGUUCGAAACCACAAACCUGAAGGAGACGUACAGGUGCAUUCGUGAAGCUCGAUACUCCAUGCCUUCAUCUUUGUCUCCGCAAGCCAAGCAACUCAUCAGCAGUAUGCUAGCCAAGAGCCCUGAGGACAGACCACGGUUGGAUGACAUUAUUCACCACGAUUUCUUCUGCCAGGGUAUCACACCAGACAGACUGUCUGCGAGCUGCUGUCACGCGGCACCAGACCUCCACCACACCAGCCCGGCCAAGAGCUUCUUCAAAAAAGCAGCGGCAGCCCUGUUUGGUGGAAAAAAGGACAAAGCCAAAUACUUCGAGGCUCAGCAUAAAUCACCCAAGGUGGAAGAAGACGAUAUAAAUAAACUAUGUCUCGACCUCCAUAAAGCAUCAGUCGGACCCCAGCCCUGUAGUCGAACCUCUGAGGACAUUAAGUCUCCCAUCCCAGCUGUCCCGGCAAAGGACAACAGCAGCAAACGGCAGAUUAGAGACGGCAUUCGAAUGAUCGUGCGGGGAACUCUUGGCAGUUGCAGUAACAGUAGUGAAUGUCUUGAAGAUAGCACAAUGGGAAGUGUUGCGGAUACAGUAGCCAGAGUUUUGCGAGGCUGUCUGGAAAACAUGCCUGAAGCGAACAACAUUUCAAAGGAGAGCGUAAACUUCAGCUUCCAAUGGGUGACGAAAUGGGUCGACUACUCCAACAAGUACGGUUUCGGGUACCAGCUGUCGGACCACACGGUUGGCGUUCUCUUCAAUAACGGCACUCACAUGAGCCUUCUGUCUGACAAAAAGACGGUGCAUUACUACGCAGAGCUCGGACAAUGUUCGGUCUUUACCACGAGCGAAGCUCCAGAGCAGUUUGUCGGCCAGGUCACCAUCUUAAAAUACUUCGCCCACUACAUGGAGGAAAAUCUGAUGGAUGGUGGUGAUUUACCCAAUUUGACAGAUACCGGAAAGCCCAGACUGUACCUUCUUCAGUGGCUCAAAUCUGACCGAGCAUUAAUGAUGCUUUUUAACGAUGGCACAUUUCAGGUGAACUUCUACCACGAUCACACAAAGAUCAUCCUGUGCAAUCAGAGCGAGGAAUAUCUGUUGACUUACAUCAACGAGGACCGCGUGUCCACCACGCUGAGUCUAGGAACCCUGCUAGUAUCCGGCUGCUCCGCAGAUCUGCGCAGCCGCAUGGACUAUGCGCUUAAUAUGCUGUUGCAAAGAUGCAACUGAACGUAAGGACUCUGGACUUUAAAUAGACGAGAAUGUGAACAAGUUGGAUGAGAGCGUUGAGCUGUGGAGGAGUUACAAGUGGAUUACAAAUGGAGAAUUUUUUGAUGGAAAGAAUGGACUUUUAGAGGAAACCGUGCUGGGCUGGAACCAGAGAAUGCAGAGAUGAUGAAAUAUUUUUUUUAAAUGCAAUCUUGCUUUGUUAAAGCCAAACUGAGAUGUUAGCGUCUAGAAAAUGAGGCUUUAGCGAGGCAGGGUGGUUUGAUGUAGCUCUCUAGAGAGCAGAUUUAACUGUGAACUCCAUCCGAUGCUGUUGUUCUGCGCGGUUGGUUCUUCUCAAUCCUCGUGUUACUGUUCAGGAAGAUGAGAACCGGCCGCAUUUCACUAUGUGGACGUAACUUAUUAUCAGUCAGAACCCAGUAUUUAUUUAUUUAAUAAAGAAUAAUGUCAGUGUUUAAGAUGUUUCAACCACACGUUAUUUAACUGCUCAUGGCGGUUUGUCUCUUUAUACGUGAAUCUCCCACCCAGGCCAUCGUGGGACUGUAAUUGUGGCAAAUUCAUUAUGCAAACCCACAAUGGGCGUUUGUCUUGAUGUGUGUAUGAACAUUAAAGCUGAAUAAUACGUGGA